AUGGCUUCUCUGAACGCGGCAUCCUCAAGGAAACAAUCAAAAUCUAAAGAUAAACUGUCAUCUAAUAUAGAGAAAAAAAACCUACCAAGAAACCUCAAUAUACAGAGUGUGCCUAGUGACGUGUUCAACGACUCACCUGAAAACGAAUGUGAUGUUUUCGAAACGCCAAAAAAAACCGCUAAGCGACAUCUUUCCUCAACAAAAUCCAAUGGCCAGGAAGCAGAUAAUAAAAAACCUAUGUUUGCGACAACAAACAGAUUUACUCCUCUUGCCACUAACGAUCAAAUAGAUCCUUUCACCAGUCCACCGCAGGCUCCCUCCAACACUGAUAACUGUGAAGCACCAACUAGAGCAAAUUUACCUCCCCCAAUAAUUGUCCGUGGCGUACUUGACUUUAUUAGCUUUCGUGAUGAACUCGUAAGGCUAGUUAGUUCUGACAACUUCUUCUUUAAAUCAUCCACUAAUGAUUUAAAAAUACAGUCAACUAAACCAGAAUUUUACCGUGCCAUUAUCCACUUCCUAAAAGAACGUAAGGCACAAUACCACACAUAUCAACCACGUGAAGAAAAAUCUUUCCGUGUUGUCAUUCGCAACCUGCACCCAUCAACACCAACGGCUGAAAUAGGAUUUGCCAUCGAGGAAUUAGGAUAUACAGUGCGCCAAGUAGCAAAUGUUAUCCACAAGAUCACAAAAAAUAAAUUACCUAUAUUUUUCAUCGACCUUGAACCGGCGGCAAUAAACAAGGAAAUUUUUAACCUAACGGUAGUACUUCAUACAAAGGUAAAAAUCGAAGAACCACACAAAAGGAAAGACAUUGUGCAGUGUCUNCAUUCUCAAAAAGGCAAGGUACUCACUCGGCUAAUUCUCAUUAUAUAA